UGCUGAGAUGCAACUCCUUCGGCUCCAUUCCAAAGUCUACACGAAACGUCCUCCGGAAAAGGGUAAACCUACUUGUAGAUCUCCAUCCAUCUCAUGAACACGACAAGGAGUAAAAAUAAAAUCGAUUAAAAUAAUAGAUAAAAUCACUAGAGCGAGCAACAAAAGCAAUAGACAAAUUAAAACACUCUGACCCUUCUCUAGAGAAUGUCUUAAACAAAGAUAAUUCUUCCCAAAUCCCACUCAUUGAUUGCCUUCUCAAUGUUCAGCUUCAGCACGCGCUCGUAAGUCGUAAUCUCUCUACUCUCAAGCUCAUCAGAUUGAUUUUUGCCGUCCAGAUUAUGGUAGAGAAUCUUCUGGCUUUUUGAGAGAACCAGACAAAUAUUCAGGGGGAGAAGGUUUUCCUUAGAAAAGAAAGUUCUCCUUUUGGGGAUCGAAUUAUGUUGAGAAUAUCAAUCAAUGCCAGGAGAAGGUCUUCUUAUUGGAAGACAACCCCUUUAGGGUUCUAAAAAAAGGAAUUUGGGUUAAGCUACUUCAAUUAUAGUUAUGGCCUUCCCUUUUGUUCUUUGUGUAGUAUAUUUAUUUCUCUUUUUUGCGAAGCACAAGCUGCUAUCGUUAUUUGGUAGGAGUUGAAACACCUAUCAGUCUGUCAGCACUGUGAGAUACACAUUGAUUUUUUGCAAUGUAAUUUUGUUUUAAUUGUCUUGAAAAUUUAUUAUGCUUGUUGUUUCUGGCUUCUCAAGAUUUCUCCAUGCUUGAAAAGAGUAUGCAACCUUCAAGGUUCCUUUUGUGCAUGAUAACCGUCUCCAUGUUUGUUUUGAUCUCUUCUUAUGUCUUCCUGCUUCAAUCAAGUUUCAGUUCAUCGUUACCUGGAUCAUUUUUUGGGAUAGUCCUUAAUAAAACAUCAGUUUACUUCAAUUCCAACAGUGUUAGUAGAAGUGAUGAGCUUCCUAAUAACCUUCCUUUGUCUUUUCCAACAAAUAUUAGAAAACCCAAAUCAAGUACCCAAAAUAAUGUCUGUCAAGAUUGCAGUUCUAAUAAUGAUGAGAUGAGACUUUUGCAACAAGGAAGCAAGAAAACCUGUGACCCAAACCAAGUCAUCCUCAGGGUGUUUAUGUAUGACUUGCCUCCUCAAUUUCACUUCGGUUUGUUGGGUUGGAAUGGGAAAAUUGGUCAAAUAUGGCCAGAUUUGAGCAACCCCACUGACAUCCCAUCAUACCCUGGUGGAUUGAACGUACAACACAGUAUGGAGUAUUGGCUCACAUUGGAUCUUCUCUCAUCGAGCACCCCAGGUGUGGAAAGGCCUUGUAGUGCAGUUAGAGUGAACAAUGUCAGUCAGGCAGAUAUAAUUUUUGUGCCCUUCUUCUCAUCUUUGAGCUACAAUAGACAUUCCAAGCUACAUGGAACAGAGAAAGUUAAUAUGAACAAGAUUUUGCAGAGUAAGUUGGUGCAGUUUCUGAUGCAUCGUGAUGAGUGGAAGAGAUCUGGUGGGAAGGAUCAUCUAAUUGUAGCACACCAUCCAAAUAGCAUGUUGGAUGCUAGGAAGAAGCUUGGUUCUGCCAUGUUUGUGCUUGCAGAUUUUGGGAGAUAUUCAGCUCAGAUAGCAAACUUAGAUAAGGAUAUAAUUGCUCCAUACAAGCAUGUUGUGCGGAUUGGUGGUAACUCUGUGCCAUUUGAGGAACGCCCAACCUUGGUGUAUUUUCAAGGAGCAAUUUAUAGAAAAGAUGGAGGAGUCAUUCGUCAAAAACUCUACCAUCUUCUCAAAGAUGAGAAGGAUGUUCACUUCACAUAUGGAAGUGUUCAUGAUAAUGGGAUCGGUAAAGUGGGUCAAGGGAUGACAUCAUCCAAAUUCUGUCUGAACAUUGCUGGAGACACCCCUUCCUCAAAUCGUCUCUUUGAUGCCAUUGCAAGCCACUGUGUCCCUGUGAUCAUUAGUGACGAGAUUGAGCUCCCAUAUGAGGAUGUCUUGGACUACUCAGAAUUCUGUAUAUUUGUACGGGAAUCUGAUGCUCUAAAGAAGGGGUUCCUACUUGAUCUACUCAGGGGAAUUAAGCACCAGCAUUGGAACAAAAUGUGGGAAAAACUAAAGGAGGUUGAACAUCAUUUUGAGUAUCGGUAUCCAUCUCAGCCAGGGGAUGCUGUAGAAAUGAUUUGGAAAGCAGUUUCCUGUAAGGUACCAUCAAUUCGACUUAGGGUGCACCGUCAGAACAGAUUCCGUCCAUUUGAGCACAUUGGGAAGAUUAUAUAGGAUUACAAGAAUGUCCAUGGAAGUUUUAUAUAUUUCUCACCUGUAACCAGUGUGGAUCCUUGCCUAGAGUUUCUUUUUGGAAAGCCCUAAGGUUGAUGUCACAACUCAGCGUACAACUCCUUUAAGAUACUUUGCUCAAGAAAAUCAGGAGUACUAGUCCACGUUACAGUGUAUAAUCUGGUAGAAGCAAACUAUGUCAAAGUAUAAGCAGCAGCAGCAGCAGCAACGUUCCUUGAAUGUGGAAUUUAUUUGACAGACUGUCAUGAAGCUCCUAGAACUAUUUGAUACUCAAAAUGAUGAGCUUUAUCUGCAAUACAUCUAGAGAUCUAUUUGAUUCCUUGGUUUUUGAGAGAGAUACAUGUAAAUUGAAAGAAGAGCUUUAUCUGUUUGAUCCUUCUCUUUUCCUCUCUUUUUUGUUAUUAAAUUUGAACUCCUUGUAAUGUACUACAACAUUGUGGCUUCAAAACACUUAAUAAAGAAGCAUUUCUAGCAAAUGCGCAUUCUGCUCAUUUGCACAA